AUGCAACCUAAACUCUCCCUUCUUUUUCCUUGCUUGCUGGCAACCGCCAGUGCGACAUCCUACACCGAGGACUAUCGUCCUCAAUAUCACUUCACCCCAGCCAAGAACUGGAUGAAUGACCCCAAUGGCCUCAUCUAUCAUAAAGGGAAGUAUCAUAUGUACUUUCAGUACAACCCCACAGGCGACGUCUGGGGAAAUAUUUCCUGGGGCCACGCAGUCAGCGACGAUCUGAUGCGCUGGAAAGAGCUACCUGUCGCCCUCAACGCCUUCAAUUCUCCAGCAGGAUCGUUAAAUGAACUGUAUUACUCCGGAAGUGCCGUCUCCGAUGACGCCUUGACUUCAGGUCUUGGAGAUGGCAAGAGACCUCCUCUGGUGGCCGUCUAUACAUCGCAUUAUACAUCAGAUAUGACCCUACCGAGCAAUAAAUCCGUCCGCACCGGCCAGGAAUCUCAAUCAAUCGCCUUCAGCACAGACAAUGGCCUUUCUUGGACUGAAUAUCCUGACAACCCAGUCAUCCUAGAGCCUCCCAGCCAAUAUGCCGACGAAUAUCUCAACUUCCGCGACCCAUUCGUCUUUUGGUACGGGCCAAGUAAGCACUGGGUCAUGACCGUCUCACUGCCCAAACUUCAUAAACUGCUUAUCUAUACUUCCAAAAACCUGACGGCCUGGGAACAUGUCAGUGAAUUUGGCCCUGUCAAUGCAGUUGGUGGCCAGUGGGAAUGUCCCAGCUUGUUUCAGCUUCCUGUGGAUGGUAAAAAAUCCAGAACCAAGUGGGUGAUGGUAAUCGGACUCAAUCCUGGCGGCCCGGCACAUGCCGGUGGAUCAGGAACCCAGUACGUGGUCGGCACUUUUGAUGGAACAACAUUCACAGCAGAUGCCAAUAAUAUUUACGAUACGUCUGCUCCAGAAGACAGUGUGGUGUUUGAAGAUUGGAAUGAAACCAGCUUCGCCGAAUCAAGCUGGAAACCAACUGAUGACUUCGUCGAACAACAGCCUAGCAACGGCCAGGUGCUUACGUUGUGGCAAAAGGGCGACGAAACUGUUGGAUCUCUUAGCUCCAAGAAGUUUACUGUCUCCAAGAAAUACAUUGCCUUCAAGAUCGGCUGUUGCAACAAUCCGUACAAUCCAGAGACGUAUGGAACGACAAAGGAUCAAGAGACUGCCAUCAACCUGAUUGUGGAUGGACAAGUGGUUCGAUCGACCACUGGCGUCAACGGAGGCGAUGUCAUAUGGGCGAGCUGGAACGUCGCCAGCCUCAUUGGCAAGACUGCAUAUAUCGAACUUGUCGAUCGUGCCACGGGAGGUUGGGGCCAUCUUGACGUAGGCGAAAUUGUCUUCACAGACAAAUCACUCCCGCCACAAGCUAACUGGGUGGACUACGGUCCUGAUUACUACGCCGCCGCCACCUACAAUGGACUGUCCAAUUACGAGCGUGUGGCCGUCGCCUGGAUGAACGAUUGGGCCUACGCAGUGGACAUUCCCACCUCCCCAUGGCGAAGCGCGAUGAGCAUUCCCCGGGUCUUGACACUUGAGACCGUCGACGGGAGGGCGCGCCUGAUACAGAAGCCACACCCUAACCUGCAAACUUUAGAGGGCAGGAGGAUGUUGUAUAAGAACCAAUGGCAUUCGACUCGCACGGGCAAUUUGACUCUCCCAGUGUCUGGGAAGGCCUUGGAUAUAACCUUGACCUUUGCUGCUGGCGCAGAGUCCAAAAUGCUGGGCCUGAACGUGCGAACGGACGGCAGAACAUACGGCACCGCUAUCGGCUAUGACUUUGAUACCAAUGAGAUGUUCGUUAAUCGCGAAUCUUCUGGUGAUUCUUCUUUCAGCGCCUCGUUCCCAGGCGUAUACUACGCUCCGCUGCCUAUCAGGGAUGGAAAGGUUAAACUACGCAUUCUGCUAGAUUGGUCAUCGGUUGAGGUGUUUGGUGGGCAUGGCGAGGAGACGAUAACAUCACAAAUCUUUCCUUCGGAUUCAAGCACGGGUGUGUCACUGUUUUCUGUCGGCGUUUUGAAGGAUGUGAAGAUAGAGGUGCACUCGGUAUCGUCUGCGUGGAGAGGAUCGUAUUAGUAGUAAGCGUUGAAGAGGGUAUAUGCAAUGGGAGCAGACUAGAAGAAUAGUGGCACGUAACUCCUUCCGUGGCCAUCAAUACUAGACAAUUCGGAAGAUCAGAC